AUGGCCCUCUCCACUGAGGAAAAGCCACAGCCGCUGCCGCAACACCAGCGCCAACAGCAAUAUCUCGCUGUCCACGACCCUGAGAAGGACUUUGCCCGCCUGACACCUGUUCAUAGUAGCACGUCGACUGUCGAGGAGGCCAUUGAUGCCGAGGCCGGCUUCUCCAACGUUCCAGCAGGGCCAACGACUCCGGCCAAGAACGACGAUGAGCCAGGUCCUGCUCCCAAUGGCGGGUUCCAGGCGUGGCUGCAGGUGGCGGGCUCAUUCUUUCUGUUUUUCAAUUGCUGGGGAACGGUCAAUACAUUCGGCGUAUUCCAAACGUAUUACGAGAACAACCCGUAUUGGUCAGAGUCACCAUCCAACAUUUCCUGGAUCGGCUCUAUCCAAGCCUUCCUCUUGCUCCUCGUUGGCGUCAUCACGGGUCCUGUAUAUGAUGCAGGCUACUUUCGCCCGUUGAUCAUCGCCGGCAGUGUCCUCAUUCCCCUUGGGUUCAUGAUGACCAGUCUCACACACACCUACUGGCAGGUCAUGCUCGCCCAAGCCUUUCUGAUAGGCCUCGGAAACGGCUGCGUCUUUGUCCCUAGUGUUGCCAUCCUCCCGCAGUACUUCACGACCAAAAAGGCUCUAGCCAACGGAGUUGCAGCUUCGGGAUCCUCUAUUGGUGGAAUCAUCUAUCCUAUUGUGUUCCGCCGGCUAGAGCAGUCCGUCGGCUUCGGAUGGGCCACACGCACAUGCGGUUUCAUCUCACUUGUGACUCUCUGGUUUUCCGUUCUCGUCAUGAAACCGCGCGUCAUGCCCAAAGGGCGUCGGAAACUCGUCGACUUCUCCGCGCUUACCGAAGUUCCUUAUGUCCUUUUCUGCGUCAGCAUGUUUCUGGGCUUCAUUGGGUUCUAUGGACCAGUCUUUUACAUUCAAUCAUACGCCAUUGCCGAGAAUCUCACCACGCAGAACUUUGCAUUCUAUCUGCUGCCCAUCCUCAACGCUGCAUCGGUUCCGGGCCGCAUUCUGCCCAACUUCCUGGCCGACCGCGUUGGCCCUCUGAACAUGUUGACUCCUUGCGCAGCCAUCACGGGAAUUCUGGCCUUCUGUUGGAUCGGCAUUCAUAACCUACCCGGCAUCAUUGUCUUUGCAAUCCUGUACGGAUUCUUUAGCGGCGGAUUCGUCAGCAUGCCACCAGUUGCUGUCGUCACCUUGACUCCUGAUCCACGGACUCUGGGAACACGCAUGGGUCAAUGCUUCUUCUUUAGCGCAUUCGGUCUGCUGUGUGGCACACCUGUGUCGGGUGCAAUCUACAAGAGCACCGGAAGCUUUCUGGGCGUCCAGUUGUUCAGCGGUAUCACAAUCUUCCUUACUGGAUGUUUACUGGUCUGCGCAAGGAUUGCGGCAAAAGGAUCUUCAUUCCGCACUAAAGCUUAG